GCGAUAGGGCUCCUGGAAAAGGAGGUUGCGAGGCCGUUCCUGACCCCUCACGCGUCUCAGCACCGACAGGCGUCCCCAUUGUUGCACACAGGCAAAGGCUAGCUGCUUGACAUCUCGCAGUAUCCAACUAAUGUAAACGUAUAGCACACUAAUAAUAAUAUUACCGUAUGCUGCUGGCCCCCAAGACCGUGUUUAUGAGCUUCGACGCGUCGGCUGCUUUCGGUUGAUAACCGCGAAGGACCCACCAGCGGCACAACAUCCAUGCGCUGCCGAAUAUGGGUAUCAUUCACCUCAGACUAACGAUUAGCAAGGAACUUGUUAAGCUCUUGACAGCAACUUGGGUUGCUGCCAUCCUCGGGGCAGCAUGUGCGGAUGGAGCCAUUUCCGGACAGGCCACGAAGGCAGUGCCAAGGCACACGGCGAUUCCCGGUGAAACAUGCAACAGCAUUGCCAGUGCAUACGACAUCCAGAUUACAGAUCUUGUAAAAUGGAAUCAAGGUCUGGACUGCAGCCUCCUCCUAGCUGGCACCCGCGUACGCGUCUCCCAACCCAAUGAUGCCCGCGACACUUCUUCUGACAGACCCAGCCAGAAAAGCAGGCGCCAACUCCUGGCAACCAAACCCAAACCCCCAUCUCCCUCCCCUCGUCCGCCGCCUCCCUUGAGCCCCCCUUCCUCCCCUUCUCCACCUCCGCCACCACCCCCUCCACCACCCCCUCCACCCUCCCCUCCGCCACCGCCACCGCCACCGCCACCCCCACCAACCCCGGCCUACCCCCCACACGACUUCCGCUCGCCUCCUGACACCGCUCCGCCUCCCGAUGACACCGCUCCGCCUCCCGAUGACACCGCUCCGCCUCCCGAUGACGCCACGCCACCUCCUGGGGACGCCGCCCCGCCGCCUGCGGACCUAGCUCCCCCUCCCGGCGACCUGGCGCCGCCCCCUGACGACCUCUUCCCUCCGCCUGGAGACAUACAACCCAGCCCGCCUCCCAGUCCCCCAUCCCGCCGCAGGCGCACGCCCCCACCCGGGCCCUCCGCCCCUCAGCCGCCGCUACAGCCGCCGCAGUCCCCGCCCCCGACCUACCCGCCCACCUACCCUCCCAUGAACCCCCCGGACCUCCCACCGCCCGACUCGCCCCCCGCCGCACCGCAGGAGGAGGAGGGCCCUCCCCCUCAACAACCCCCUGUGAGCGACAGCCCCAGCCCGUUCCCCCCUGCUGCGCCGCCGCCGCCUCCGCCACCUCACACCCCGCCUGGCGCCCCUCAGCCCCAACUGCCGCCACCACCUACCCGCCGGCUGCCCUCCGCAGCCCCACCCAGCCCCAACCCCGCCUCCCCGCCACCAGCUACCCCCCACCCGCACCCGCAGCCGCCACCAGCUACUCCCCACCCGCAGCCGCAGCCGCCACCAGCUACUCCCCACCCGCAGCCACUACCACAGCAGCAGCAGCCGGACGCUCCGCCCGGCAGAGGCGUUCCGGCCCCGCCCCCGCACCUGCCGCCCACCCCAGCAGGACUCCAGCCCCCGGCGCCUCCUCCUGCGGACCCGGACCCUGCGGCACAGCUGAGCCCGCCGGGGGAAGCUGCCCCUCCGGGGACCCCUCAGCCCAGCCCGCCUGCCUUACCAGUUCCGCACUCCUCGCCUCCUCCUUCGCCGCCAUCCGCAGGACAGCAGCCGCCAGGCCUGCUGCCUGCUGCGCCGCCCGCAGCAGUGCCACCCCCAGCAGUGCCACCCCCAGCAGUGCCGCCCGCAGCAGUGCUACCCCCAGCAGUGCCACCCCCAGCAGUGCCACCCCCAGCAGUGCCGCCCGCAACGGAACCUCCGUCACCUCAGCAGCUAUACCCGCCGUCAUCGCCGCUAUCACCACCGUCACCCCCGCCUCCCCCUCCUCCCUCUCGACCACCUCCACCUAGUGACAUACCGCAGCCUCCCUCCCCACUGCCCAGCCCGCCCUCACCCCCAUCACCCCUGCCACCCCAACCCAGCCCCUCAGCACCACCAUCGCCGCGGCCCAGCCCACCCCUCCCACCCUCCCCACGUCCUCCACAGCCCCGGC